CGCCUCCACCGCCGCUCCGGUGCCGCGGCACCCUCGAGUGCUCAGCUCGCCGAGAGCCUUUUCUGCUCCUCGACAUCGACGUGCCAGAAUUGCGAUCCCGAUUCGAUUCGAUUCGCCCCCCAAUUCCCCAUUCCUGACGUCGCCUCUCCGCGCGAAGAGAGCGUGACGCUCUAGCACUCUGCGCUAUCUCCGCCAUCAUGGGUAAUUUUGCGCAGUGCAAGGAGCCGGUAUGGCUGGUUGAUGACUUCACCCACUGCUUCCAGCAACACUAUCUUAAAGUCCUCUUCCCUGCAGCCAUCCUCUUUUUCUCGUUUGCGCACCUCGCAUGGACCAGUAUCGCUUGGGCUAGCAAAGCCCGGUCUGCCUCAAAGGCUAGGUAUAGCGAACUUUCUAGUGACGACCGACGUUAUAGCCACACGGAUCUGCCCCCGGCAGAGACCGACGAUACCGACGACGACGACGAAGACUUGCAAAUCAAUGGCGGCCGUCUUGCGCUCGUCAAGACGACCACUCGUGGUUCCAUAGUCCAGGCCGAUACCCCCCCUGGCCAGUGGUUGUCCCAAGUAGUUGAGGAACUGGCCAUCUGCGGCCUCGUUGCCAUCAAUUCGAUUGCCCUCAUCAACGGCGCCUACCAUGGCCCUAGCCAUAUCGCCUCCGUUGCGGGGUUGGUUACUUGGAUCUACGUCCUCAUUCUCUCGACCUUGCGCCUCGUCUUUGGCAACUCCAAAUGGCGAAUUCCUCACCUCUGGAACCAUACUGCUACCAUCUAUGGAGUCAAUUGGGUUUUGUCCAUCUUCGUCUUCCGCUCCGCCAUCCUCCACCCUGUUUCGAAACUCUCACAAAUCUUGGUUAUUGUCGAGUUCGCCCUGGUGUCGCUACUUUUUGGUCUGGCCGUCACUACUAGGAAGGGCAACAAGACUGUCAUCUUGGAGUGGGAGGAUGGUAUGGAACCAUCGCGCGAGCCUCUCGCGAGUCUUCUCUCCCUCGCUGUAUUUGGCUGGGUCGAUGCCAUUGUCUGGCGUGGCUGGAAGAGCAGCAUGGAAAUGGAGCACGUCUGGAACCUUUUGCCCAAGGACAAGGCCGCUACGGUCAUUGCCGACUAUCGUCAGAUGAAGAGGACGGGCUCAUUGGCUUGGCACCUGGUCAAGUACUUCAAGGGCAUGCUAUUCGCUCAGUGUUUCCUGGCCGUCAUUGCCGGGUUCUUCACCUUUGCGCCCACGCUCCUUCUGAAGGCCAUUCUGGAAUAUGUCGAGGCCCCUGGCAAUACCCCAGUCAAUGUGCUCUGGCUUUACGUUAUCGGUCUUCCUAUCCUCGAUCUUGUUCGCUCGUACAGUGACAAUGCGGCUUUGUGGAUCGGCCGGAAGAUUUGCAUUCGGGUUCGAGCUAUCAUCAUUGGCGAUAUCUACGCCAAGGCUCUCCGUCGCAAGGCAGCCGCCGGCAAGGACAAGGUUUUACUGGAUUCCGCCAAAGCCAAGUCUACCAAGGACGGCGAUUCAAAGGAGAGCACCAUAAGCAAGAUUAAACGCGUCUUCAGCCUUAAGAAGGACGAUAAGAAGGUCACUCCCGACGAUGCGGAAACUGCUAACGGCGGUGUCAAAGAUGACAAGGCCAAGGGAGAAGGCGAUGAUGAGCAGGCGAACUUGGGCACAAUCAUCAACCUGAUGUCUGUCGACAGCUUCAAGAUCGCAGAGGUUACCGCUUAUUUGCAUUUCCUCUGCGCUGCUGCCCCUACACAGUUGGUGGUCGCAAUCGUAUUGCUCUGGCAGGUCAUGGGCUUGAGCGCUAUUCCUGGACUCAUCAUCAUGGUUUUCCUCCUGCCCAUCAACUACGCUCUCGCCAGGGGUUUCUCCAUGACCUCGAAAAAGAUUCUUGCUGCCACUGACAAGCGCAUCAACGUUACAAAUGAGGUUCUACAGAACAUCCGCAUCAUCAAGUACUUUGCCUGGGAAGAGCGCUUCGGUCGCAUCAUCGAUGAGAAGCGAAGGGCUGAGCUCAAGGCCCUUCGAUCCCGAUUCAUGGUUUGGGCUUUGGCCGUUGCUAUUUGGAACUCAGUCCCUGUUCUCAUUACCUUCUUCUCCUUCCUCGUUUACACUAUCGUCGAGGAGAAGCCACUCUAUCCCUCUGUUGCCUUCACGGCCAUCUCACUCUUCAUGCUUUUGCGUGUUCCCCUGGACCAGUUUGGCGAUAUGUUCGCGCACGUCCAGGAAACCAAGGUUUCGAUCGACCGUGUCGAGGAGUUCCUCCAGGAGGACGAGACUGACAAGUACGAGCAGUUGGGUCUGGACAAUGUGGAUGACGAGGGCGUCAGGCGACUAGGGUUUAAAAAUGGUACCUUCAUCUGGGGGAGUAAGGAUGCCGUGGCCGAGGACGGAUCGCGUGCUUUCCGCCUCAUGGAUAUGAAUGUGGAUUUCCAGCUGGGCAAGCUCAACAUUAUUGCCGGACCCACCGGAUCUGGAAAGACUUCGAUGCUGAUGGCUCUUCUCGGUGAAAUGACUCUGAUGGAAGGCAAUGUUUACUGUCCUGGUGGCCGCAGCCGAGAGGAUGUUCGCCCUGAUCCUGAGACAAAUCUCGCCAAUACAAUUGCGUAUGUGGCGCAAGCCGCAUGGUUGGUUAAUGCGAAUAUCCGAGACAACAUCCUCUUCUCUGCGCCCUUCGACGAACAACGGUACCGAAGCGUCAUUGUAGCGUGCGCCCUCGAGCGAGACCUGCAGAUUCUAGACAACGGCGACGAGACCCUAGUCGGAGAGAAGGGAAUCACCCUCUCUGGUGGCCAGAAGCAGCGUAUCUCGCUUGCGCGUGCCAUGUACUCCAACUCGGCUCACCUGCUCCUCGAUGAUUGCCUCAGCGCCGUGGAUUCGCAUACCGCUCAAUGGAUCUUCAGCAACUGCAUCAAGGGCCCGUUGAUGCGCAAUCGCACUUGCAUUCUCGUCACUCACAACGUCCAGCUCUGUGUUCCUUCUUCUGACUAUGUCGUGCUCAUGGAUAACGGACGAAUCGCCAUCCAAGGAUCCUCAGAGAAUGUCAUUGCUUCUGGCAAGCUUGGUGAAGAGAUUCAAAAGUCCCGACCCGCCUCUGUUAGCCACUCGCGAGUUCCUUCCCGGGUCCCUUCGAGUGUUGGCGAUGAUGAAACCAUGGUCAACGGCCAAGGCGACGCCCUCGAUGGUGUGGACAGCACCAACCAUGAUAAUGCCAAGAAGAAGCAGAAGCAGGAUGCCAUGGAGGAAGGCAAAGCAACAGGAUCCGUCAAGUGGUCUGUUAUGAAGCACUACCUCCUGGCUAUGGGCUCCUGGUGGUUCUGGGUUUUGGCCUUUGUUGUCUUCAUUUCGCAACAGCUCUCGGCCGUCGCCACCAACUUCUGGGUGCGAGAGUGGUCGAACCAAUACGACAGGGUCUCUGCCGAGGUGAACCAUGGCAAUUUCAGCUCUCCCCACUACUCUCUAGGCUCAAAGUUUAGUGCUGUGGUAUUUGCCAACAUUGCCAAGCUCGGAGGCAUCGAACCCGAAGGGUCCCCCGAUAUUCUGGAUGCACAGAUCUCUUUGUCGGAUCCGACACCUUCAGUCAACGCCAUGUACUAUCUGACGGUUCUCGCCAUAAUUGGAGCACUCGGUGCAUUCACCGCGCUUAUCCGUGAUUUAUGGCUGUUCCUGGGUUCCCUGAGGGCCUCGAAGCGCAUUCACGACCAUCUCAUCGCCUCGGUGACGCGCGCCAGAUUCAAGUUCUUCGAUGUCACACCCCUCGGCCAGCUUCUGAACCGGUUUAGCAAAGAUCUUGAAGCCGUUGACCAGGAGAUUGCUCCUGUAGCCAUUGGCGUCAUCAGCUGUGGCCUUUCACUCACGGUGACGGUUGUUUUGAUUGCCUCCAUCACUCCCAAGUUCCUGAUUGCCGCCUUCUUCAUUAGCAUUCUCUUCUAUCUGGUCGCCGCCUUCUACCUCCGAGCAUCCCGGGAUCUGAAGCGCAUGGAGUCUGUGCAACGCAGCCCACUCUUCCAGCAAUUUGGCGAAACGCUCAGUGGAAUGACAACCAUCCGUGCUUAUGGUGAUGAGCGACGCUUUAUCCGAGACAACCUGGAGAAGAUCAACACUCAAGCCCGGCCAUUCAUUUAUCUCUGGGCUUGCAACCGAUGGUUGGCAUUCCGAGCGGAUCUGAUCGGCGAUUUGGUUGCGUUCUUUGCUGGAAUGUUUGUUAUCCUCAGUCUGGGCUCAAUCGAUGCUGGAGCAGCGGGUGUGUCGCUGAGCUACGCAUUGGGUUUUACCGAGAGCGUCCUCUGGCUCGUGCGGCUUUACGCCAUCAACGAACAGAACAUGAACUCCAUGGAGCGAAUGAAAGAAUACCUGGACGUCGAACAAGAAGCACCAGCUGUAAUUGAGGAUAACCGACCACCAGAGAAUUGGCCCGGAAGCGGCUCUGUUGAGUUUAUCAACUACACGACUAGUUAUCGAGCUGAGUUGGACCCGGUACUCCGAGAUCUCACACUCAAGAUCAACCCGAGAGAGAAGGUGGGCAUCGUGGGGCGCACAGGUGCCGGCAAGAGUUCGCUGGCGCUGGCCAUCUUCCGAGCGUUGGAGGCGGAUAAGGGCACGAUCCUGAUUGACGAUCUGGACAUUGGCAAGAUUGGUCUUCAGGAUCUGCGAGAAAACAUCACCAUCGUACCUCAAGACCCAACGCUAUUCCACGGAACGAUCCGAAGCAACCUGGACCCUUUCGACAUGUUCUCGGAUGAAGACAUCUUUGCAGCACUCCGACGAGUCCAGCUCAUCAGUCCCGAUGAGCUGCCACGAACAGGGAGCCAAACCCCUAGCUCACCCAAUUCGUCAGUGGCGACGAACAAAAACAUCUUCUUGGACCUCAGUUCAGCUGUGUCAGAAUCUGGGUCGAAUUUGUCCCAGGGCCAGCGUCAAUUGCUGUGCCUGGCGCGAGCCAUGCUCAAGUCACCGACAGUUCUAGUGAUGGACGAGGCGACGGCGUCGAUUGAUUACGCGACGGACUCGAAGAUCCAGGAGACGAUCCGGGAGCUGACAGGGACGGUUAUUACGAUUGCGCACCGACUGCAGACCAUUGUGGAUUAUGACAAGGUCUUGGUGUUAGACAAGGGCCAGGUGGUGGAGUAUGCUCACCCAUGGGAGUUGAUCAACAAGGAAGACGGCACAUUCCGCAGCAUGUGUGACAUGAGUGGAGAGCUGGAUGUGUUGAUCAAGGCAGCCAAGAAGAAGUGGGAUGCCGGCCGGUUAGUGGAUGUGAGCUCGUAAGGGAGCGCAGUUGACCAAACCGUCGGCGAAAAGAGGAGGAACAAAAUGGGGCCCCGUGUAUGAUAAAACACCCGUUCAUCGUUCAGCAACGAUGUUC